UCCCAUAAAAAGACUUUAAAAUUAACAUCCACCAAUACUUUACAAAUUAAAACUAACACAAAAACAAAAAAUAUUGACAAACCUUUAAGAAAUUAAUUUUCAAAUAUGCAUCGUGAUAAUAUUUAACAAAAUAUUCAUUUUCUGCUAAAACAUGCAGAUAUGACAUUACGUUUGUUUAUUUAUUAAAAAUUAUAUUAGAUAUUAUUAUAUUGUUUAUGAUAAUCAAAAAUAAAACAGCAGAAAUAAACAAAAUUCAAAAACAAUUCACAUCCAUUGAAAAACAAGUUAACAUUAAUGACGGCUAACACAGGAAACUAAAUAAAUACCAGUGGCUUAAUUAUUUUAUUUAUAUGAAUAAUUCUAGUAGACAACUGUAUGCAUCUAAGCUAGAGUAGUUAAAAUAAAACUUAUCGUUGAAUGUAAACCGGUCAAUUAAAAAUUGUAAAACUCAUGUGCUGGUUGAUCCAAAAUCUGUCACGAGUAUUAAUGGCGUUGUGCAAGUAAACGUUGCGUUGACCAUCUAUUGCUCACAAGUUUAUUUUCACAUAUUGAAUCUACUCUGCUUCACUCUAUGUGAUUCACUCUUACUCCCUAAUUCACAAUGGCGACUAGUGUUUGGCGAAGGCUAGUUGCUUGCUUUUCCUCCCUUAAGUUCUACUUAACCGUCUUGUGCCUCGUUGCCACUGUUUUUGUUCUUCUCCAAAUCUGUUCAUUUCAAAUCACUCAACAUUCCCUUUCACUCCCACCUGCACUCUUGACGUAUCUGAAACACCAACCUGAACAACAAUCUGAGAACAAGACAGCUUACUUGGUUGAAAAGCUACGUGAAUCAGUGACAUUCCUUCCACUCAAGGAUAUUCGCUUUUCAAACAAACCACUCGAAGGUCACACCUGGUUCAUGAGCUCUCUCUUUGAUAACCAAACCAAAGGCGAGGCUCAGUAUCAAGAUUUUCCUUCAGAUUCCUCCAAAGGAAGGCUUUUAUGCUUGAAAGGUGUUGAUGAACAUGAUGGAUCAUGGAACUACUACGCGUUGGCUUGGCCUGAAGCUCUUCCGACCAAUGCCAUUCUUCAGAAGGGUUUGACUUUUGUUUCAUACAAUCAAUACGAUUACGGUAACUUGUGGCAUGGACUAACGGCAGCAUUCCCAUUUGUUUCUUGGAGCUUAAGAAACCAAUGUGAAAAGCCUCAAAAAUGGGUUUUAUACCACAAGGGAGAACUAAGGUACUGGAUGGGGAAUUGGUUGAGCGAAAUACUCACAGCCACUUAUGGUCAAGAGCCAGAGAUUAUACAUUUUGUUGAUGUGAACAAGCCGGUUUGCUUUGAGAAGGCAGUUGUUAUGAGACACAAUGAAGGUGGAAUGUCAAGGGAGAGAAGACUAGAGGUUUUUGACCACCUUAGAUGCAAAGCAAGAAACUACUGUAACAUCAGCUCACCAGAGACAUCAAACCCGCGGAUCGGUAUGACAUUGUUAAUGAGAACAGGAGCCAGAUCUUUCAAAAACGAGUCAGCCGUCAUCAAUGUCUUCAAAAGGGAGUGUGAGAGAGUAGAAGGGUGUGUAUUAAGUGUUUCUUAUUCAAACAAUCUAACGUUUUGUGAGCAAGUGGAUCUGAUGAAGAAGACAGAUGUGUUGGUAUCACCACACGGUGCACAGCUGACUAACUUGUUUCUAAUGGAUAGAAAUAGUAGUGUGAUGGAGUUUUUCCCCAAAGGAUGGCUUAAGCUAGCUGGAGUUGGUCAACUUGUGUACAAAUGGGGAGCUAAUUGGUCAGGGAUGAGACAUGAAGGAGCGUGGCAUGACCCUUUUGGAGAAACAUGCAAGUUUCCUGAUACUGAUAAGCGAUGUAUGUCGUUGGUCUAUAAAAACGCUAUGAUUGGAUACAAUGAGACAUAUUUUGGUGAGUGGGCGAGACUCGUUUUGAGUAAGGUUCCGGAACACAACAAGGGUAACGGUUCGCUAGAUGUAUGUCCUCAAUGUUGAUGUAAUAUGAUUAGGCUUGGUCAAUUCUACAUCUUAUGGAUAUGUUUUGUUGUUUACAACUACAAUGUAACAUAUGUUUCAAACGAGUAGCAACAAGAUGGUAACAAUAUUACCGGUUUUCUAUUCUUAAUAAUGAAAAUAUUAGGUGAACCUAUAAAAAGAAAAAAAAAAACAGUCAAAUGAAAUUACAUUUGUACUCGCUAUCUUCUUCGAGUUUGCUUCUAUAUAAACCCACGUCCACUAGGAGAAGAAAAACUCAAACAAAACACACACAUCAAUUAGCAUUGAAGAGCUUUUUCUUUUUUGUUUCUAGCACAAUGGCUUCGUCUAAAAUCUUCUUAGCAUCUUCUAUUCUCAUGGCUCUCAUGUUCUCCUCCAUGAUCACUUCAAGUGUAGCUGCAAAACAACUUACCAAGAAGAAAAUGUUAAGACGACGAUUUUUUAGACCUCAUUUCCCCAAACCCGGUUUUCAUCUUCCAAGACCCGGUUUCCCAACCAAUCCAAUGCCAUUCCCUCAGUUCCCCAAACCCGGUUUUCCUCAGUUUCCGGGUCCUGGUUUCCCAAAAUUCCCUCAGUUUCCCAAACCUGUUCCCCUUCUUUUCCUCCAGCAACACCCUCUGGAAACCUCAAGCCGGUUCCAUCCAUCUCGCCGCCGCCCUCUCUCCCUGCAACUCCCACUAUCAGCCCUUGAGUUGUCUCUAUAGACUUAAUAGUAUGAUUCAACUAUUGUAAUUAACAUAUUGUUGUAACCUAACUCUUCCGUAUAUGUGAAGAUUAAUCAUCAACUUAAGCUAACUAUUGACUGUAUUUCUUACCUUAUAAUAAAUGAAUGACAAAUAUAUAGCAACUAGAUUAAGAUAUGCGCCUUGCGCGGGAUGAAUGUUGGAUAUACAUAAAAUUUUAUGUAAUAUUGUAGUAUUUGUUUGUGUUCUUUUACUUAUAUUAAAUUCGUGAGAGAUCAGUGACUAUUACAUAUGCAACUAAAUUAGUGCAGACAUAUAGAUCAAAAUAAUUAAUUUUAUUUAAAAUAAUUUUAUGGUAAAUAAAUUCAAAUAAUCAUUUUUAUCUUUUAUACUUUUAUAAUUAAAUUUAAUGAUAUGAACAUCGAUGUAUAGUAUAUUUUUUUAAUAUGACUAUUUAUUAAAUAAAAAUGUCCUAUUUACAUGGUUUUAUUGAAACAUUGAUAACCAAAUUUUCAAUAUGGAACUUUUAAUAUUUUUAUUAA